AUGGGUCUAAGCAGAGUUGCCUUGGGCUUUCUUGGCCUGUUCUUCAUAGCUUCAGCCCUCUUGUUGAUGUUCCUAACGCUCUUGGGAGGAGCGACGAAUACAAGACCUCUCAACGAGAUCUACUUCCUCCAAGCCGAUACAAGCAAUAUCCCAGGCGCUCCGGCUUUGUCUCGAUGGACAUUUUGGAAUUUGUGUGGGGUGAAUAGUGCUGGGAAGAGUGAUUGCGGAGAUACUCACCCUGAUUAUCCCUUCGACCCCCCGAACAGCAACAACUUUGGCACUACCACCAAUGUGCCUUCGGCGUUUGUUGGCACCAACCACUACUUCUUGACCUCCCGGUUCAUGUUUCCGUUUCUGAUCAUUGCCUUGUUCUUCGGCGUUUGCUCGCUCUUCACCGGAUUCCUGGCUAUGUGCACACGGAUCGGAGGCUAUCUCUCCGCACUUUUGGCAUGGAUCGCUUUGAUUUUCCAAGUCAUCGUGACUUGUCUGAUGACUGCCGUAUUCGUCCAGGGACGCAACCAAUUCAACAAGAACAACCAGACGGCCAGACUAGGCGUGAAAUCCUUUGCCUUCAUGUGGACUGCGUCGGUUUGUCUUUUCCUCUCAUGCUUGCUCUACUGUCUGGGAGGAGCUGUCGGCAGAAAAGACGGUGGCUACAGCGGCCGAGAACAGAGACGCCGUGGUUUCUUCUCUUCUAACCGACGGGCGAGCGCAGGAAGCGUCCACAAAGAAACUGCAGUCUAA